UAGAGGGGAGUGGGAGCUGUGUUCAAUGUUUCUCCACGAACGACUUAAGCCCUCGCCCCCGAACGAAAUACCGUGAUUUUCACUGAAAGAAAGCCCGUUUUCUUGACCAGAGAAGAGGGGAAACGAAAACGCUUCGAUCAUGAUCAACACGAUGGAGUGUGCAGUGGACGCACAGAGUCUGAUUUCGAUUUCAUUACGAAAAAUCCACAACUCCAGGACGCAGAGAGGAGGAAUCAAGCUGCACAAAAACCUCCUGGUCUCGUACGUCCUUAGGAACGCCAGGCAAGUCUACAUGAACGAGAAGUAUGCGGAGAUUUACCGGAUGCAGCAGUACGAGGAGGUGAUGACCGUUUGUAACGAGAUUCAGGAGCUAAACCCUCUCGAUUUAGCCGAGGACUGUGUGGAGCAGAGCGAGGAGUGCUGCGGCGGUGAAAGCGAGCCGGCGAGUCUUUGCGGCGCACUGCUGCCCGCCAGCCACCUAACAGCAGUGCAGUCAGUGCAUAUCCAAACACCUACUCCCUGCUCUGCGCCUUUAUCUCUCCAAAGCGAAGAGGUCUGCAAGGAGACUGAUUCUUUCUACCGGAGCUGUUGUGCUGAAGCUUACCCUGUGUCGAAUUGCGACUUUUCCUCAAAUAAUAUGUAUUGCAACAAAACGACAGUGCUGGACUUGGACACUCACAUAGUGACUACUGUUGAAAACGGGUACCUCCACCAGGACUGCUGCGCGCCGCUCCAGCAGUGUUGUCAAGGCGCACAAAACCCAGCAAAGAAGCGCAAGGUUGACUUUGGGUAUUACGUGUCAGAAACUGAGGAGCCACAGGAUUUUACGCCGUGUAAAAGAGUAAGAUUAGAGGAUUGUUCAUGCCCGUAUUCAGAGCAGUUUGAUACUUCGAACAUUUCCAAUCUGAUCUCGAUCUUCGGGUCGGGGUUUUCGGGUCUGGUGAGCAAGCAGGCGGACUUUGAGCAAGCCUUAAACGGACAAUUCUGUAGCAAACAAGCCCUGGCGAGCCUCGGGGCAUGGACUAGAGCGAUUGUGGCUUUUUGACUCUGUGGUAAAUUAGAAACAAUUUAUUAAAUUGUACAGUUUAAACACAAAUUGACUUUAUUUUUUUCUAAGAAGCUAUUUAAACAUGGGGCGGUUUUGUUUUGUUUGUCCGUUUGAGUUUCGUUUAAAUUGGGAGGGGGUGAAUGGUUCUACCACAUGUGAUGUGCUGGCUUUCCUUUUAAAUCGAAAACGUCGACAUAACACAUUUUAAAUGGUUGUUGUGAAUUUUAAACGAAAUUGAUUUCGUUGCCUUAAACCCAACGCAUACUGCUAGCUAUUGCUACAAACAUUUAAAAGUGAUUGAAUGUCUCGCUCGCGGACUUUCCGUUUCUGUAUUUCGACACCGUUGUCUAAUUCAAACACUACAUAGACCAAACUACAGAGUUUGUGUACAAAUCUCGGACUAUGUCACCUGGUAAACGCUGUUCUUUGAGAUGUCUUUCCAAUAACCCUUUUGUGUGUGUUUAAUGUGUUGAUACACUAAGCAACGAAUGUAGGGCAAUGCAUAUACAAAUCUGAGCUUUUUAUGCCGGCUCGUAUUAGCCAUUUGUUUUUAAUUGUGAGAGCAACUUAAGCACCUAAACUCCUCCUUAGUUUUAGACAGGCGUCAGUAGGGGUACCUUAGCAUAUAUGACCACAUGGCUUCAAUCUAUGGCUUCAUUUAAUAAUUUAAUAAUGAGCGGGAGGAUGUACACUUAGCUUCUCCAAGCUGUGGUUGAUGUACGAUGUACGCCUUUUAGAAUGGUUCUAUGUACCUUGACUUGGGGUGCCGGUGUUAAAUAAGUUUUGCGGGGUCUAUGAAGUCUACUCAUGUUACCCUUUCAAGUCAAAUUUUAGACUGGUGCGAUGAAUCGACUACAACUCCCAGAAUGCACAAAGUAAUUAAACAAAUCAGGUGUUUUGACAAGUUGGUCUGUUGAGCGUUGCCCACUCUUCUCCCCAUCAAUCUCUUAAAGCAAGUUAUUGAUCGAGCCUUCACCGUUACCCCAUAAUGCAAACUUGAUUUUGUGAAAUAUUAUUUUCUAUUUAGACCUUUUGUUCUAAAAAGGCAAAUCCACAUUUUAGCCAUACGUCCCCACAUUAUAUAAGCACUAUGUGUACUGAAAUAACGUUUUUGGGCGUUCCCUCCAUAUUUUGUUGGUAUUGUAUUUUUGUGCAUAUUAAAUUGUAUAUC